AUGGCGGAUCACACUUCGUUUGCGACGUUCACCGGACACCAGCUGAACCGCGCCUACUUCGAAGCAGAAGGUGUUGACCAAGCAGUCAAUCCUAACCCCAUCUUCGGUUAUUUUCAUGGACCUGUUAUCAACCCAAACCUAUUCUGGGUCCCUCUGGCUGCAGUUGGAUUACCUCGUUCCGUCAUCACUGCUACUAUGAUCGGUACUCUGGAUCAACAGCCGCCUAAUCCCCCCCCUUCGCAUGUCGAAGAUGAACUUUCUUUCGAGAGCCCAGAUCGCCGUCCCAUCCAUCGUCUCGAGGUAAACGUGGGCACCCUGGCCCUGAUUUGCUACCUUCGAUCGUGCGAUUGGCGGAAUGCAGUCUUUAUGCAUGAGCCAGGCCGUGGUCCGGCAGCCAGUAAUGUCGGUUACUGGGCCGAUUGCAUGACGACUAUUGCACGCAUCGAUGAUACCUGGGUUCAACAGUACGGCCAGUUGUUCUAUUGUGAUCAGAUGCCUCUGUACAGCCAAAAUCCUCCUCCUGCUCCGAUCCCCUUUGUUAAUCUUGCGGCAAUUCUCGCCGCAGAGCACGGUCAUGCUUCCGCUCCUCCUAUUGCUGCUGGAGCUCUUCUUGGUCCUGCUAGUAAUGGCGACGGCGAUGGCGACGGUGAUGGCGACGGUGAUGGCGACGGUAAUGCCGACGGCAAUGGUUCCGAUGAUGGAGAUAAUAACGGUUCUGGUAAUGGAGAUGGUGAUAGUAACGGCAUUAGCGAUGGUAACUCAGGAUAA